AUGCAGCAUCGUUUUUGUUCAUGGCAUAUUAAGAAGCACGAAUUGCAACACCUUCAACCAUAUGUUGCUCGUUAUAGUGAUUUUCAAGAAUCAUAUAAAGAAUGGGUAAAAAGUGAUAGAGUUGAAGAAUUUGAAAGUAGGUGGGAAGUUAUACGUGGUAAAUAUAAUUUAGAAAGUAAUUUUUGGGUAAAUAAAAUGUAUAACCAAAGGAAAUAUUGGGCUAAAGCCUUCUUAAAGGAUAUUUUCUUCGCUGGUAUGACAACAAGUGAAUGGAGUGAGAGUAUUCAUUCAUUUUUUGAUGGAUAUGUUAAUUCAAGGACUAUGCUAAAUGAAUUUGUAAUACAAUAUAACAAAGCGGUUGAUUCUUAUAGGGUUGCUAAAGUAGAUGAAGACUUCAAGAUUAUGAACUCGAGGGCUGUACUUUCGUUUGUGCAUCCAAUCGAAUCAAAAGCAGGCAAAACUACUGAAGAAAUCAAAUAUCGAGUUGGGCAACUGGACAUUGAUAAAAGAUAUUGGGGAAUUGUUAGCUUUCGUUUUUUGAAUCAAGUAAAUGUCACCUAUUCAUGUGGACCUGCUUCAGAACUUACUUCAAUUUUUGAACUUGUUUCAAAUCCUGCUUCAUUUUUAGAACACGUUUCAGUUUUUUAUACAACUUUAGAAUUUGUUUUAGCUUUGGAAUGA